GGAACGCGCGAAUCACAAGGAGCCGGGAGGAUACAUACAAAAACCCAGAAAGCGCCCUCGUGGAACUUCGGAGUCUCUGUUGUUUUUUUCUCGCGUUAUUUUCGGUGCAACGAACAUUUGAAUGCGAACAUGGCAGUGAUACGAUCGCCGGAAGUGCUGCCGGUGAACGCCGGCACGUGGUGGCUACGGUUCGUGCUGGUGCUGCUCGUCCUGCAAGUGUUUCUGGACGUCGAAACGCUCGAUCUAGAAAAAUGCAAAAACCCGCUCGGCAUGGAAUCGUUCGCGAUUAAUGACUCACAAAUAACGGCCAGCUCGGCGCACGACAUUGGCAACGUAGGACCACAGCACGCCAGAUUAAAAGUCGACAACAAUGGAGGCGCAUGGUGCCCGAAACACAUGGUGUCCCGCGGUCUGAAGGAGUACCUGCAGAUCGAUCUGCUCAAGAUGCACGUCGUCACCGCCAUCAAGACGCAGGGCCGCUUCGGCAAGGGCCAAGGCCGCGAGUACACCGAAGCGUACGCGCUGGAGUACUGGCGCCCCGGGUUCACGAAAUGGAAACGCUGGAAAAAUACCCGCGAUAAUGAGAUCCUGACGGGCAACAUCAACACCUACAGUGAGGUCGAGCAGGCCCUGCAACCAAUUAUUUUUGCAACGAAAAUUCGCAUAUACCCGUACAGCAUGUACGACCGGACCGUUUGUCUGCGGGCCGAAAUCAUCGGCUGCGAGUGGGAAGAGGGUCUCAUUUCGUACAGCAUCCCGAAAGGAGUUGCUCGCGGUCUGGAGGUGGAUCUGUCCGAUCGUACCUACGACGGCGAAGAUGAAGGUGACCGGCUGGUCCGAGGACUGGGUCAGCUGGUUGACGGCCAGAAGGGAGCCGAUAACUUUAGAAUUGAUAUACACGGCUUCGGGAAAGGAUACGACUGGGUCGGCUGGCGUAAUGACUCACUCGGCUGGGCCGGCAAACCGGUCGAGAUGGUGUUCGAAUUCGACUCGGUCCGUAACUUCAGCUCCAUGGUGCUGCACACCAACAACAUGUUCAGCAAGGACGUACAGGUGUUUGUUCAUGCCAAGGUGUUCUUCAGCAUAGGCGGCCACCAUUUCACCGGCGAGCCGGUACAGUUCUCCUACAUGCCCGACACGGUCAUGGAGAACGCCCGGGACGUCACCAUCAAGUUGCAUCAUCGCGUCGGGCGCUAUGUGCAAAUUCAUCUCUACUUCGCCCUUCGCUGGAUCAUGCUGAGCGAAAUAUCAUUCAACUCCGCACCAGUGACGGGCAACUUUUCCGACGAGGAAGUCAACGGAAAUUCGAUACCACAGGAAAACUCCGUUGAGUAUCCACUGCAACGGGACGAGUCCGGCAUCAAUAUCGUCAACAAAGGCGAAAGGAAUCAUGUUCCGCAAAUCAUCUCGCCGAAGCCGAUCGACCAGGAACCGGAGCCACACUUCAUCGGUGUCAUCAUAGCGGUCCUGACCACCAUCAUUCUGCUGCUGAUCGUCAUCAUCAUGUUCAUCGUGGCGAAGAACAAGCGCACCCGGACGGCGGCGGUGCUCGACGCGUUGCAGCAAAAUUUACAUACCGAUAGUUUAGGCAUCGAUAAACGGUUGAAUAGCAAUUUUAAGGUAUCGAUAGACGACAAUGAAUCGAUUGAUAAGAGCAGCCUCUACCACGAGCCGUUCAAUGUAAAUAUGUACACCAGCGCCGCCAGCGGUUGUUCCAUGAACGACAUGCAACGUCACCAUAUCACUCCAGAUUAUACGGAUGUUCCUGAUAUCGUGUGCCAGGAGUACGCCGUACCACACAUGCAGGACCUGAUACCGAAGAUUCCCGGUGGCUACGUUAGCGUUCGGCUGACACCACCGACGUUGAACAACAUUUUCCCGAAGCCACCGCCGGUUCCGCCACCGCCAGAGAAGUACUACGCAGCGACGGCCAUCUGCAAACCAUCCACCACGCCAACCACUCCGUCAAACCAGCUGCAGCAGCAACAGCAACAGCAGUUAAACGCCUACAGCGACCUGGACCUCGGCGUGUCCGACGACGAUCUGCAGCUGAGCGAGUAUCCUCGCGAUAAGCUGGUGAUAGUGGAGAAGCUGGGCUGUGGCGUAUUCGGCGAGCUGCACCUCUGCGAGACGAAGGGCUACAGUGCCAGCCUGGUUGCGGUGUCCACGCUGAGGCCGGGCGCCUCGGACCAUAUGAAGAAGGAGUUUCGCUCGAAGGCGAAACAGCUCAGCCGGCUGAGCGACCCGAACAUUGUGAAGCUGCUCGGUGCCUGCCUGAAGGACGAACCAAUCUGCAUCGUGCUCGACUACAAGUACAGCACGGACCUGAACCAAUUCCUGCAGGAGCACACGGCCGAAACCGGCUCGCUGGUGCAGCAUAACUCGUUGAGCUACGGAUGCUUAAUAUACAUUGCUACACAGAUAGCAUCGGGAAUGAAGUACCUAGAGCAGAUGAAUGUAGUGCAUCGCGAUUUGGCGACAAGGAGCUGUUUAGUAGGACCGCAGCUGGAGAUAAAAAUCUGUACACUAGGAACUGUGAUAAAUCGCAUAGCAUAUCCUGCUGACUACUGCCACCUGGAAGGUGCCGGAAGACAAUCACAACCAAUGCCAAUUCGGUGGAUGGCCUGGGAAAGCGUCCUGAUGGGUAAAUUCACGUCCAAGUCCGACGUCUGGUCGUUCGCCGUCACGCUGUGGGAAAUUCUGACCUUUGCCCGGGAGCAACCGUUCGAGAAUCUGAGCGACGACAAGGUGAUCGAGAACAUCGGUCAUAUGUACCAGGACAACAAGAAACACAUUCUACUUCCAAUACCGGUCGGGUGCCCGAGAGAGAUCUACGAUCUGAUGUGCGAAUGCUGGCAGCGGAACGAAAACAGUCGGCCGAACUUCCGUGAAAUUCAUCUGUUUCUGCAGCGGAAAAAUCUAGCACAACCGCACACCAUCGUGAACGAUCCUGUCCGGGUGCUGACGGCCAAGCGAACGAAAACACUGACCCGAAACUAA